ACCUAUAAUUCUCAAGGAAAGUCAAGAAACAUGGCAGUUCAGCUAUUCACACAGAAGGAAUUCUCGUCAGUUUAUCAGAAGUACAUGAUCCCAGUCUCCAAUAAUAUAAUCAAUAUGAUUUUAUCUUAUGUUAAAGACAAACAGAAAGGGCACUCUCCUGAAAUGGCGCUGGAUGUUGGCUGUGGGACAGGCCGUUACACUGUGCCUCUAGCUCCUCACUUCAAGAAGGUUCUGGGAAUAGACACCAGUGAAUCUCAAAUAAAUUUGGCCAGAAGAUGCACUUUAGCGGAGAAUGUGUCCUACAUGGUAGGACAAGCUGAGAAGAUACCACUGAAAGAUGCCUCUGUGGACCUAGUGAAUGCCGGUCUCGCUGCUCAUUGGUUUGAGGUUGACAAAUUUGUCCAUGAAGCAGCAAGAGUACUCAAGGCCAAUGGCUGCCUUGCUGUCCAUGCUUUCCAUCCAUCCACUGAAAUUGAAUAUGGUGAUCUGUCAGGAGAACUUACAGCACUAAUGACAGAGGUAUGGAACAUUUUAUUCGAGCAUUCUGUGAAGUCUACAAACCACAUGCUAUGCCAAUACAAAAAAAUAUAUAAAGCUGUGCCACUAAAAGACAAGAUGUGGAUCACUGACAUACCAGUCACAGUUGGGAUGUCCAUAUCAGACAUUGUGGGCUUCAUCCAGGCAGUAUACAUGUUCCAGGCAUUUGUGGAAAAAGACCCAAAUGGAGCAGCAGAGUUCCUGAUAAAGACUGAGCAGAAGUUCCGAGACAUACUGGGAAAAACGGCUGAUUCUGCUGUGAUGAACGCUCAUAUUAAACACUACUGCAUCCUGGCUUGCAAGAAUUAACACAGUGACCGCAGAAGACGCAUUGAUGAUGUCAUCAGUUUUUUCUGAAUAUAAAUAAAUAGAUGAGUUAAAUAACUAGAGUAGGUGGUGGAUUUGUAUUUUGUAUAUACAGUACAGGCUGA